AUGCGCUCCUACACCCGCCUCGUCUCGGCGCUGUCCCUCCUUUUCACCCUGGUCUCGGCACAGACCCCUCCGUACAUCGGCAAGCUGCUCAUCCAGCCAGGGCUCAACGCCGGAAAAUGCCUUACCGCUGCGAGCAACUCUGACGGCGCCGCCGUAAGCAUUGCGCCUUGCACUGGCGCGGACUCACAGCAGUGGACCUUCAAUGGCGGUUCCGUCAAGCUGUUCGGCAACAAGUGCCUCGACAUCACCAAUGGCGCCAACAACAACGGCAAUAAGCUCCAGAUCUGGACGUGCGGGUCUGGCAACGCCAACCAGCAAUUCUACUACACUGGUGACGUCCAUCUUGCGUGGACCAACCACGGCAAGUGCAUCGACUUGACCGACGGCAGCCAGGCCGACGGAAACAGGCCACAAAUCUGGGACUGCUCUGGCUCCAACCCCAACCAGGUCUGGAACGUCGGCUACAUGGCGAACCUCCCGCCCAACACCUCUGAGAACGGCCAGACGGGCACGAACAACUGCGGGACGGGCUCGAGCCAGAGUUCUAAAUGCCAGACCGCGUGGAUCAACUCGGCCGAGGACUUUUGUCUGUGGGCGCCACCUCAGGUCGGCCUUAUUGGCGACACCGAGCGCGAGGAGGUCGCAUGGUGCACCAAGUCUGGCCGUGGCACUCGCACGAUGCCGAACGGUACCCUCAAGGGUGUCCACUUUGUCAAAACGCCAGAUUAUGUCCAGGUUACUGGUGUCGGCGACUUUACCAAAAUAAACAUUCCCCGCGGUGACUCUGGUGGGGAGCUCGACCCGCACGGCGCGGACGGCAACGGCAACCCGAUUGGCGGCUUGGUGUACGGCAAUUCGUUUGGCAAUGCCCUCCAGUACCACGAGUGGACGUCGUUCAUCUCGGACACGGAGUUCUGCUUCCGGGCAUGCACUGGCCCGAACGCGGCGCGCAACUGCCAGCACAUCUACGACAUCAUGGGCUGCUACUGGAAUAUGCCGGCCAACUACAACUCGGGCACGUUCGAGAACUGCGAUGCGGACAACGACGAGCCGAUGGGCGUCUACGGCACAUCGACAUGGUACCAGGGCGUAAACCCCACACCUGCCGCGCACCCCGCCGCCAAGUCGUCCAACUGCAAGAACAUCCCGAGCCCCACCGUCGGCCCCGUCCGCCGCCGCAGCGAGAUGGGCAGCGGGUUUGACUACGUGAAGGGCCGGGCGCCGGAGCCGACGCCCGCGCCAACGCCGGUGGUAGCACCGGGGCAUGCUGAUUUGUAA